UCCAGUCUCUUGCUUCUUUCGGGCGUCAGUUACCCCGCUGCGAGACUGCGACGCGACGCGAUCGACGGCCAUGAGUCCAAGGAAUUUCUAAGUAUAUGUGUCGGUUUGAACUGUUAGGCAGUGCACUGCUGUUUUGGCAGCGUCGAAAGACGCGACGGAGACGGAAUUCGCCCUCGAGGGACUGUACGUCAGAAUGCUCCAUGAGAUCCUCCUCUCCCUCUCCGGACAGCCGUCACCCUUAUUCAACCUGCAGUCGGACGAAGAUACCCUUUCUCAGGAUGGUUUCCCCCUCUUGUCCCCCCCGGAGAAGGCGCUCCUCGUGUCACUCGCCCGGUUGAGUCGGCUGCAUGCAAUGUUGCGCAAACAUACAUCCGAUAUCUCUUCCUCUCAUCCAUCGAUGAUAUGUCGGGCGGUGUCGACGGCAAUUUCAACCGAACACUUGGCGGGGUUUCAAGCCAAAGUCAUCCAGGUCGAGAAAUCGAUACUCCUCGAAGACAGCGCGUAUGUGGGCGGAUACGGUAUUGUGCCGCUGUCUACCAUGGUUGGCGAGUUUGCCCCUUGGGUUCGACGAAUGGAAUGGCUCUGGGAGAUUGUCCGAUUCAUCCUCCCUGAGCACCAGAAAGGUCGAAGGCCAGUUAGUUGUACUGGUGCUGCCCUCAUCGAUCAUCUGCGCGUCGAGUUACAAACGGGAUAUAGUGACCUAGAAGAAAUGGCACGGCAAUUGGUCACUGCAGCUGAGAUGGCAUGGAUGAAGCAACUAUCAAUGUGGCUUCUUUACGGCAACUUGCCCCUGUUUGGGAAAGAAGAUUUCUUUGUCCAACAGGAUAUCCCAGCUGACGGAGAGGGCCUCUCGGGAAUGGCUCAGUUUGUUAUGCAUGCCGAGUUUCUUCCGAAGUUUGUAUCCCCGCUAACUGCAUCUUCAAUUUUAUUUAUUGGGAAAUCCUUGAAUCAUAUUAGAGCAAAACGAAAGACCGGUGUUUCCAGUGCUUCUACUGCUCAUCUGACGUCUUCAGUCAACCUAUAUAAGGAGCAUCUUGGCUCUCUGUCUGGCCUCAAGUCUCCUAUCUCCACGUCGGAAUUAUCCAAUGCCAUAACCUCCAUCCGACUGUCAUUAUCCCAAACCACCCUUUCUAAGCUGCUUCCACUGCCCAAGAUCCUUGAGGUCUUGUCUUUGCUCCAUGACUUUGUUCUCUUGGGACGUGGAGAAUUUGCCAUGGCACUUGUUUCCCACGCAGAUGCACGGGUAUACGAAAGACACCAAAGAAGUGAAAUUCGUCCCUCCCGGUUGAACGGCCCCGAGGACCUUGAGGACAUUGUCGUUAAAGAAGGCGAUGUUAUGGCAGUACUAACACAGACCUGGACCGAGUUAUAUUCCCUGCAAAACGAGGAGGAAUCGGCCGAUGAUGAACUGGAUCUUGCUCGGGGGCUGAUCCGACUCAAUGUCACCUCUCAGAUACCCGAUCAUGUGACAACUUCCACGCAAGACGUUGUUGGGAGUCUCUCAACAAGCGAAAUCUCCGAGGUUGCUUUCAACGAUCUCCUUUUCCCUACGCCGACAACCCUGUCGCUGCAAGUGCGAGCCCCUUUAGACCUUUUCCUUUCAGCUUCUGAUAUCUCCGUCUAUUCGAGAAUCAGCGCAUAUCUCCUAGGAAUCCGGCGCUCCCAGAUCCGUCUCAGUAGUUUGUGGAAGCAUACCCCUCUACGAAGAAGCCAUCCGUCGCCCUGGGGCCCACCACGCAGCAACAAGCCGUUCGGACAGCACAGGCUGAAAAUGAGCAGAGAAAGAGACAAUGCCCGCAUUGCCCAGAUGAGACCUGUCUGGGCAACGUGCAAUGCCUCUAUAUUUAUUUUAUCGGAGAUUGGAAGCUUUUUCCAAGGAGAGGUUGUCAAUGGCUCGUGGCAGCAUUUUCGGGAUUGGAUAGAAGGGAACUCAGGCAAAUCAGGGUCACGCCCGAAUUCUCGUCCGGGGACAGCGAAUACCGCUGUUCACAGGAAUACUUACUCUUCAGGGAGUCUAUCAGACUCACCUCCACAACAGCACGACCCAGAGGCGCUGACAAUGGCCCAUCGACUUUAUCUUGCAUCGCUCGUCCAAGCCAUGUUUCUCACGGAUACCCCCUUCACCGCGGCGCUCCGUUCUUUUCUCGCUAGCGUGGAUCAUUUCAUCGCACUCGUGGUUAGACUCGAGAGCAUCCAGAAGAACAUGGACUUGGAGACUGAUGAAGGUGUUGUCGAUGCAUUGAUUGACUAUUCAGGUGAGGAAAAGGGGGUGUGGCAUGAACUGCGCAAGACACGCAUCCAGGUGGAAGGGGGUAUCAAAGCCGUAGUGGCUCGGCUGCGAGAGAUCGACGACAAAAGGUCGUCCGAUAGCCGCCGGAUCUUCUUUGGGCUCGCCAAAGGCACGGGUCAGGGUGGUGUCGCUUCCUCCCUGCCCACCAGCAUCUGUGAAUACGUACCGCGCAAGCCGGCCGGUGUGGAUCGACUGCUCAUGAAGCUGGACUUUGGAAGCUCGAAUGAUAGUCUCGGCCUGGAUACGGCGGUCACCGCCAGCCAUCUGGACACUGAAUAAUGGACAAGCCAUGUUUCCCUUAGAACCUUUUUAUUUUGAAUCGCUUUAGCCUAUAAUUGCUGACAGGAUCGAAUCAAAACAUUCAAUACCAAAAAGAAAUCAAUUAUAUUAAUCUGUUCUGAGAACUACCAGGCGGUAUGGCCGCCGUCGAUCAGCAAGGUACUACCCGUCAUGAAGCUGCUGGCAUCGCUGAGAGCGAAGAGGGCAGCGCCGCGGAACUCCUCCGGGACGGCGAGGCGGCCGAGCAUGUUCUCUGCCUCCCAGGUUGCACGGGCGGCCGGGUUCUGCUGAAAAACCAUGUCGACCAUCGGGGUGAUGAUGUGGCCCGGGCAGAGGCUGUUGACGCGGAUGCCGUGGCGGCCCCAU